AGAGUGUUGAGAAUGUCAUUAGACCUCUGCUCAGAAAAGAGUUAAUUCUUCUUCAAUUAGCUCCACGCCCUCGCCGAAAAAACAAAGAACAUGUUGGUUGAACGCAAAACAACAUCGAGUGACAUAUCCAAAACAAAUUUUUAAAGAAAUUGUUAAAAAUAGACAACGACGUGGCAACCUGCGCUACCGUACAUUUGAAAAACUUGUCUAAUUUUUACUUGUGACAAUAUGACCACGUGCAUUAGUCUAAUUUUCACGGAAUGUAAAAAAGUAUUCAUCUUUGGAGGAUGGGCUAAUUGGGCUUUGGAGGAGUGUUACGCAAUAGGGUCAUGUUCGGUUCCGGAGAUAAACAAACAUACCGAAGCGCGCUACAAGUUACAACAUAGUAAAUUUGUAACACUUACAUAGCGGUUUUUAUUUAUCUGGCAUUGAAGAUUUCAGCACUCGAUAGAGAUUGUGUGAACCUUUAUUUUAGAAUAUAUUAAACUCAGAUGGCAAUGAAUGAAUGGCUACCUUCAUUACCAACGACAUUGUCAAGAAGAGACAUGUUUCAAGAACUGUGAAACGCCAGACAGUCAAUGAAGUUGUAGAUUUUUCCAGUCAGUAUGGCUCAGAUCUGUCAAGAAGUUAUACUGUUGCUAACGUUGUGGGAGAAACCAACAUUUAUCCUAAAUAUGGUGAUUUCACUCAAAGUCUUGUGUUCAGAACAUAUGGAAGAUGGUGGAGCAGUUGUCCCUCAUCACUAAAGUCAUUUAAACAGUAUCAUCAAUCUGAUUUUUUAAGUCAAGAUUUCAUAGAUAUAAGGUAUUCGUACUCUGUGUAUCCGACAAAAAUAGAAAUAUUUGAAACAUAUAACCCAGGAGCAGUUGUGAGGAUACUUGCUUGUGACUCAGAAACCAAAUAUAUUCCUCCUCGUUGGAUUUUAUUGUGGGCUGGCUCCCCAAGGAAAUGUGCAGCUAAAGCCAGAGUAUUUUCACCUGUGUUAAAGAAAUGUCCUUUUAAAACAAGGAGACUAAGAUUGGAGUUCAACCAAGAGCACUGCGAUUACUUCACUGAGAUUGACGCUGUUUAUCUUCAUGGUGUUGAAUCCGAGAUUGAAUACAAUUAUAGUGAAGAAAAGGAAGAUUCUAUUGUUUCAAUGACUGAGGCGUUCCAUCAACGCAUGUCUAUGAAUAGCAAUCUCAAUAACGAAAACUCUUAUGUACGGAACGAUUCAGUGAAUAUUUCGAUGUUACCAAUUGAAGUAUUUAAUAAGAUAUUGUCAUACCUAAGAUUUUCUGAAUUUGGAAAUCUUUCGAAGACCUGUAGAUUCUUUCGCGAUUGCUGUUAUGAUCCUAUGUACUUUAAAGAAUUUAAUCUUCAACCCUAUUGGUUCAAGGUAAAUGGCGUGAGUCUUCAGUACUUGACUCAAAGAUGUAGGUCAACCGAGAAACUUUGCAUGUCAUGGUGCGGUUCGGAUGGGCUUUUCACGACACAGGACUUUGAACGAUUUCUCAAAAACAUGAACAGUGGAACACUGAGAUGUCUUUAUCUAUCAUGCUGCAGAUUUCUUGAUGCAUCUAUUUUAAAGGUGAUCGUUGAAGUUUGUCCAGACCUCGAAGAACUGGAUUUAUCGUCUUGUAUCCACUUACCAAGUGCUGCAUUUGAAAAUCUUGCAAUGUUGAAAAAUCUAAAAAGAUUAAAUCUUUAUCGAACUCAGGUCACCGAAAAAGACUUAGCGAUUAUUGUCGAAUCUUGUCCAAAGUUGAAAUAUAUCAAUCUUGGUGGAUGUUAUCAAUUUGGAAAUUAUGAUGAGGCGAUGACGCACCUGCAAUAUUGUCCAAAUAUUUUUUCAUUGGACUUAUGGAGAUCAAAAUCAAUAACUGCAAAUGGGAUAAUCAGCAUUAUCAACCACUGUCCUAAUCUUGAAGAAAUUGAUCUCGGUUGGUGCAAAAAUGUGGCUAGUCAUGGAAUUAUACGUCAUUUGGUCACCCAUUGUCAAAAGAUUAAGAAGAUUUUCCUGACUGCUGUAAGAACAUUGACAGAUGACGAUCUUCUCGCUAUUUCCGAGAACUGUUCUUUACUUGAACAGUUAGACAUUUUGGGAAACUCUAAUGUUUCUAAAGAGUCAGCUGAAAGGGUACUGAUGGAGUGCACAAAUCUCAAAUUUUUUGAUGUGUCAUUUUGCUCGAAGUUGGACAGUGUAUGGUAUCAUGAAAUGAAAGCUCGUUUUCCUCUUGUUGAUUUGAAAAAAAGUGUCUCUCAUUAGAAGAAGUGGUUGAACGUGGGUUGAGCACCUGAAUGUUGACGCCAGUCAAACACAUGUCAUGAAAGAAAUACUCUCGAUAAGACACAUGCAUCCAUGUAUGGACGACAGAUAUACAUGUCUAGAAAUAACUGACUUUGCAUGUUCACACUUUCCUUUUAAUUAAUCUGUCCGGUGACAUUUUAUUUUCUUUAUUAGCACUAUUGCAUAUUUUUACCAAAUCAAGAAAUUGUUUGGAUUCUGUUGAGAAUAUUUUUCAUAACAUACAUAAUUGAUGCCGCGUUAAUGGCUAGUUAUCUUCAGACAACUGUCAUUCUACCUUAUUGCUAUAUCCGAUUUUCUACAUCGGUCAAUGCAUCAUGCAAGUGAAUUUUUAUUAAAAGGAGAGGUGAAAUAAUUUUUUUUAUCGAAUUCCUCAAAUUUUUAAUAUUUCAAAUAUCAAUAAGAGCUUCUGUUUUUUUCAACUUGCUUGUAGAAUCAAGUGUAAAUAGUUUUUUUAAAAUAUUUCAGCAAUGAAUAUUUCAUUUAAACAUACAGUUUUUCAUAUCAAGCGAUAAC